AUGGAGCCGAAAAAAAGCCAAGUGAAGUUUGAAACUUUGUUUUACUUUGGAGUGUGGAUCGCGGCAGUGCUUUAUUCGAUCUAUCGUGUUUAUUUGGCCACUGAUAAAUUUUUUUACAACUACUAUGAUGCCUACAAUGACUUCAGUCCUGGCUGGUCUUUUCUUAACAGAAAGCUUGAUAGUUCCGAUGAAGAGUGGAAGAUGUGGAUACCACUUAUUUACAGACUAGUGCCUUGGAUCAUUGUGCAUAUAAUUAUGAGUCAAUGUAUAAAACACUUUCAUCACAAUACAACUUUGUUAUGUGGCUGGUAUGUGACGAUAUCGAUUACAUUUUUGUGGCAUUAUUUAGGAUUUUUGAGUACUCUGUGUACACUUUUACUUCCUUUUGUAUCUUGUCUAUUGACUUCGCUCGAAAGUAAAACAGUUUCAUGGCUUGUGCAUUCCAUUACUUUAGCUCUGAUAUACUGGGCAAAAGUAUCAGAUAUUGUGUUUAGAGAAUGGUUAGAUCUCAAUGAUGAAGACUAUUUUCUCUUGACUACUGCCAUUUGUUGGAUUCAACUUAGAAGUAUCAGUUAUAGUUUAGACAGCAUUAAUAGUUACAAGCACAUCCAUGUUUAUGGAUUUUUUAAAGAUUUGAUUCAGAAUAUAGCGUAUUGCUUGUAUUUACCAACCCUUUUUUUGGGACCAAUUAUUCUUUAUCAUCAGUUUACAGAUGGUAUAAGAAAGCCAUUCACUAGAUGGGGUAAAGAAAAGCUACAGAGAACAAUUUUGAAUCUAGUUCGUUAUACAUUUUGGAUGUAUUUCACAGAAUUAUCUUUGCACUUUUUAUACUUUAAUGCAUUAAGAUUUCACCCCGAAGCUGUGAUAAAACUGGAACCAUGGGAAUUUUAUGGAUUUGGUUAUUGCAUGGGACAGUACUUUUUAAACAAAUAUGUAGUCACGUAUGGACUGACAUCAACUGUAUGUAGAGCUGAAGAUAUUGAUGCACCUCCUCAGCCUAAGUGUAUUGGUAGAAUACAUUUGUACUCAGAUAUGUGGAAACAUUUUGAUAGAGGACUGUAUAAAUUUCUUUUGAGGUAUAUUUAUAUUCCGUGUAGCCCAAGGACAUCGUUUAGGAAAAUAUUUGCUUCAGCAUUAUGUUUUAUUUUUAUAUAUCUCUGGCAUGGCAUGCAUUUGUAUAUAUUCAUAUGGUCGUUUUUGAAUUUCACAGGAGUUUUAAUAGAAAACAUAGCGAAAUCAAGUAGUAAAUACUUAUAUAAAAAUAUUUUACACGACUCUUUAAAUGAUAUAAACAAAAGAAGAUUAGAAUGUUUGUUUGCAACUCCUCUGUUGAUACUAUCUGCCAUUUCAAAUUUUUAUUUUUUUGCUGAUGAAGAAAUUGGACACAUAUACAUGCGAAAAAUUUUUCAAGAGACUUGGAAAGUUUAUGUGAUGCUACUUUUUGCUUUGUACUGCUGUUGCCAAACAUCUACAGAAAUUAAAAAAAUGGAAGAGUAUUCUGUAAAAACAAGAAAGCCUUUAAAAUUAAAACAAUAAGAAAGUAAAAAAAACAUGUACAUUCUACCUGUAUUUUCACUAUAAAAUAAUAUAAAGAACUGAGUGUAACUUAAGGACUGAA